AUGUCCCCAAAACAGAACCAUCAGCGGAAAAAGCAGGAGCGGCUGGACUUCCCGGACCCUGAGGAAGUCAUCACCAAAGAGAGUAGGACACCCUACUCCUCUGAUCCUCCCGCGGGACACCCAGCCUCCGCGGGCGCCAUGGAGCUGGGUGCAGAGCUGGGUGUAGAGGUGGGUACAGAGGUGGGUGUAGAGGUGGGUACAGAGGUGGGUGUAGAGGUGGGUACAGAGGUGGGUGUAGAGGUGGGUACAGAGGUGGGUACAGAGUUGGGUACAGAGGUGGGUGUAGAGGUGGGUACAGAGGUGGGUGUAGAGUUGGGUGUAGAGUUGGGUACAGAGUUGGGUGUAGAGUUGGGUGUAGAGUUGGGUGUAGAGUUGGGUACAGAGUUUGGUGUAGAGUUUGGUGCAGAGGUGGGUGUAGAGGUGGGUGUAGAGGUGGGUACAGAGUUGGGUGCAGAGGUGGGUGUAGAGUUGGGUACAGAGUUGGGUACAGAGUUGGGUACAGAGUUGGAUACAGAGGUGGGUGUAGAGGUGGGUGUAGAGUUGGGUGUAGAGGUGGGUACAGAGUUGGGUGUAGAGGUGGGUACAGAGUUGGGUGUAGAGUUGGGUACAAAGUUGGGUACAGAGUUGGGUACAGAGUUGGGUGUAGAGUUGGGUGCAGAAGUGGGUGUAGAGUUGGGGGUAGAGUUGGGUGCAGUGGUGGGUGUAGAGUUGGGGGUAGAGUUGGGUGCAGUGGUGGGUGUAGAGUUGGGUGCAGAGGUGGGUGUAGAGUUGGGUGCAGAGGUGGGUGUAGAGGUGGGUGUAGAGUUGGGUACAGAGUUGGGUGUAGAGGUGGGUACAGAGUUGGGUGUAGAGUUGGGUGUAGAGGUGGGUGUAGAGUUGGGUACAGAGUUGGGUACAGAGUUGGGUGUAGAGGUGGGUACAGAGUUGGGUACAGAGUUGGGUACAGAGUUAGGUGUAGAGUUGGAUACAGAGGUGGGUACAGAGUUGGGUACAGCGUUGGGUACAGAGUUGGGUACAGAGUUGGGUGUAGAGGUGGGUACAGAGUUGGGUGUAGAGGUGGGUACAGAGUUGAGUACAGAGUUGGGUGUAGAGUUGGGUACAGAGUUGGGUACAGAGUUGGGUACAGAGGUGGGUACAGAGUUGGGUGUAGAGGUGGGUACAGAGUUGGGUACAGAGUUGGGUACAGAGGUGGGUACAGAGUUGGGUGUAGAGGUGGAGUUGGGUGCAGAGGUGGGUGUAGAGGUGGGUGUAGAGGUGGGUGUAGAGUUGGGUGCAGAGGUGGGUACAGAGGUGGGUGUAGAGGUGGGUACAGAGUUGUGUACAGAGUUGGGUACAGAGUUGGGUACAGAGUUGGAGCAGAGUUGGGUACAGAGUUGGGUACAGAGUUGGAGCAGAGUUGGGUGUAGAGGUGGGUACAGAGUUGGGUACAGAGGUGGGUACAGAGUUGGGUACAGAGUUGGGUACAGAGUUGGGUACAGAGUUGGAGCAGAGUUGGUUACAGAGUUGGGUACAGAGGUGGGUACAGAGUUGGGUAUAGAGUUGGGUACAGAGUUGGGUACAGAGUUGGAGUUGGGUACAGAGUUGGGUGUAGAGUUGGGAGCAGAGUUGGGUACAGAGUUGGGUACAGAGGUGGGUACAGAGUUGGGUACAGAGUUGGGUGCAGAGUUGGGUACAGAGUUGGGUACAGAGGUGGGUACAGAGUUGGUACAGAGUUGGGUGCAGAGUUGGGUACAGAGUUGGAGCAGAGGCGGGAGCAGAGAUAGAGGCUGUGAGAACCAGUGUCAGAAGCAGCAGUUUUUAGAAUGA